AUGUACAUAAUAAAUAUUGAAGAAACAGCAGGAAUAAUACACUCGAAGCCUUUGUUAACUCUGAAGGAUUUAAAGACUAAUGAAAAUGCAGAAACAUGUCGUACUAUCUGUGAAAAAGUGCCCAGUGUUCCACAAGACAAAUUAAAAUAUUUAAACCCAAUGGGAAAUCUGUGGAAAAUAGUUAAAUCAGGUGUUCAUGGCAGUUUAGUUAACAACACUAUUCUUCCACAAAUAACCGGUGGAUCUUGGAUGUUUAAGACGGAGAAAGAUGAAUUAAAUGAAGACUGCAAUUCAGUCCCAAAGUCUGGCGUAGCUAUAAUAUUUGUAUGCAGAGACAGAUGGUUACAGCUCAAUAUUACAAUGAAUUUCUUGAUUCCUAUCUUACAAAAACAACGUCUGUGUUAUCGUAUAUUUGUUAUCGAGCAGGCAGGAAAUGGUAUUUUGAACAAAGCCAGAUUAUUGAAUGUUGGCUUCAUAGAGGCAAUGAAAAGAUUUCACUUCGACUGUGUUGUUUUUCAUGAUGCUGAUCUAGUUCCUCUGAAUGAUGGAAUUCCAUAUGGUUGCGAUUCACAGACAAAAAUGUCAGUUAUGCAUCUAAGUGUUGGUGUUAGCGCGUGGAGUUAUGUUCUACCAUAUAAGAGGUUGAUUGGUGGUGUCCUGAAGAUAUCUAAUGAGCAUUUCUUGUCAGUAAAUGGAUAUUCGAACAGUUAUUGGGGUUGGGGAGGAGAAGAUGAUGAUUUGGAAAAGCGACUGAAAGUUAAGAAUAUCAACUACGUACAUAUCGAUAGAUCUGUGGGACAAUAUGCUACUGUACCACACGCUAAACAACUUAGGUCGAAUAAAAAGGAGCGUUACAAACUUUUGGAUGGUGCAGUUAAGCGUGUAUAUGCAGAUGGGCUGAAUACAUUGUGGUACAGGAUUGAAAAUGUGUACGAGACACAGUAUUUUACGCAUAUUAUUGCCUGCAUUGGAGAUCCUUUUUGA